AAAAAAAAUCAAGAAAGAAAAAUGAUGGAUCAUCGAACAAGAAUGGUUCUUGUUCUAACCCUAGUUGUAAUGUCCGCAUGGGGUUCGGACGCAUCAGCAAUGCAAAAGACUAAAUUCGACGCGCCCCUACUUACUGAAAAAAUCGCAACAAAUAGAUCAAUAAUUGUCGAUAUUGAAGGCAAAGGAGACUACACUUCUGUUCAAAAGGCCAUUGAUGCUGUCCCUGUUGGUAACUCCAAUUGGAUUAUCGUCCAUGUCCGUAAAGGAAUCUACAAAGAGAGAGUGCACAUUCCAGAGAACAAACCGUUCAUAUUCAUGAGGGGUAAUGGAAAGGGCAAAACGGUAAUCGAAUCAUCACAAAGUUCGGUCGACAAUGUUGCUUCAGCCACUUUCAAAGUGGAAGCUAAUCACUUUGUUGCUUUUGGUAUAAGCAUAAGAAAUGAUGCUCCUGUGGGAAUGGCAUUCACGUCUGAAAAUCAAUCCGUAGCAGCGUUUGUGGCUGCCGACAAAGUAGCGUUUUACCAUUGUGCGUUCUACAGCUUACACAACACUUUGUUUGAUAACAAAGGUAGACAUUACUACCAUGAGUGUUACAUUCAAGGCUCCAUAGACUUCAUCUUCGGUCGUGCAACUUCCGUUUUCAACAAUUGUGAGAUUUUUGUGGUAUCGGACAAGAGGGUGAAACCGUAUGGGUCAAUUACAGCACACCAUAGAGAAAGUGCAGAGGAAAAUACGGGUUAUGUGUUCAUUAGAGGCAAAGUGUACGGAAUUGACGAGGUUUAUUUGGGUCGGGCCAAAGGACCUUAUUCUCGAGUCAUCUUUGCCAAGACUUACUUGUCCAAGACUGUUGUCCCUGAUGGUUGGACUAACUGGAGUUACCAUGGCUCUACUGAGAAUCUAUACCAUGGAGAGUACAAGUGUCAUGGACCAGGAGCUGAGAGGCAACAAAGAUCUGAUUGGGCCAAAGAGCUUACAAAACAAGAAGUUGAGUCUUUCUUGUCCAUUGAUUUUAUUGAUGGAACUUCUUGGCUCCCUGUUUGGCUUCAACAAAAGUCUUAAGAAUUCAUUAUGCUAUCGCGCAAUUUGGCUUUUGACGUUUCGCGUUUUGGUGUGGCUUGAAAAAAAAAACAUACGAAGAAAGACCAUUCCCAUCUUUUCUUCGGCGGUAUACUAUACAAAAUAGUUUUUCUCUUAUUUUUGUUCUCUACUCUAAAAUGUUCAUAGAGUGAUUGGAAACUCUUGUGUUGUUUGCACACAUUAUAUGAGAUAGUUUCCAUUUAUAAUUUAUGUAACCUAAAGUUCAACUCAUCA